AUGGUUUUCAAGAAAUUCAGUGAACUCGAAAAUCACCUUGAUGUUGGUGAACACAGCCAAGUUCGCCGAAACUCUGAUACGGUUUAUGACAAGCUAAGAAGAGACUGGGCGGAUAAGGACGAAGAAAUCAGAAGCGUGCCUGAAGCAGUUGGAGAGGAGAGUCACGAAAAGAAUGAAACUGGCCGCUCUCCCCAGUGCAGUGACUUGCAGACUGGAUGGGCUCUACACAAGCCCCGAAACGAAGCUGUGCGUUUUCCUACCGAGGUUAAACAGUACCUAAUAACGAAAUUUGAUCUUGGAGAAAGAAAGAAAAAGAAGAACUGGCAUCAAGUCAGAUCCCGCAAAAGUGGCAGCAGAUAUGCGAACUGCAAGAAACCCAGACAGUUCUCGGAUAUUUGA